CCACUCCACCUCUCACAUACAUCUUACUCUCCCUCCUGGUCUGUCUCACUACUCAUAUCUUUCAACAAUCCAGACACAGAGGUAAAGAUGUCCUGGACGUAUGCAACCCUCUUGGCUCUCCUCGCUGUGCUUCUUGCACUUUCCUUGUCUCCAGAGGCUGACUCUGCAGCUGUGCCCAGCAGCACCGGCACCGCUAAAGACCCACAAGGUCCACUGAAGAGGAUCUUUAUGAAGGAGGCCGAUGCCUCAAACUUCUUCAGGAGACGCAGCAGACGGGGCGUGAAGUCUCAGGAUGAGAUUAACGCUGAGCAGAGGCAGGUUCUGGCUGCAGAUGAGAGAAAGAGAGAGUUUCACGAAGAGAAGAGGAACGAGUUUGAGAGCUACGCUGAGGAGGAGCACGAUGAACAAGACGAGAGGACCAGAGAGAGCACCGAGCAGUGGAGGGAGUUUCACUAUGACGGGAUGCAUCCUCCUCAAGAGUACAACCGUCAGACCAUCUGAGACUGAGAGGAGAGAGGUGAUGCUGUAAGGCGACAGGAUGCUCGUAGAGAAACAUCUUUUCUUCUCAGACCUUAUACAGUAGAGACAUCAGCUGCAUGUUUUCAAACACAUGUCUUUAACCCUUGUGUUGUUGACUUUGGCUUUACCUGUUUGGGAUUUUAGAAAUAAUUUAAAAGAAUUUCUUUUAUCAUUUCUCCCAAUGAAGACCGUUAAUGAGGUGGUAACCUUUCCCUUUGCCACAAACUGGGCUUGCACCCUUAAUGAAGGGGAGGAAUACAGAAAUAACAAUAAAAACAUUGUUAUGACACUUAUAAUAUAUACUCUAAUUAUAAUUAUACUGCUAAAAUCAAUUGAUUAUUCAAUUGCCAAAUUUAAAAUGACCAACCAACAGUCAAUCUGCCAAUUUGCUAUUAUAGUGGAUGAUCAAAACCAGCAAAUAUUUACUUUUGAGGAGAUCGUAACAGUGAUUUUUAGCCAGUUUUGCUCCAAAAAUAGUCGUCCGUUAACAAACCUCUUAUGAACUAACUGUUAAUCUGACUAGUUCCAGAUUAUGGAGGAAUAAUACUGAAUAAAAAGUAAACUGUAAACACCACUCACAGAUACAGAGCUGAUGAAAGUCCAUCGUGUUUAAUAACCAAAGUCUCUGGUAGUCCAAAUAAGUGAUCUGAAGGACAUUUGUAAAAGGGUUGUGUAACAGGUCACCAGUUUAAAAUCAUGUCUAUAAUCAUCAUACAUCUUUCAAUCGUAAAGUAUCAAGCUGUUAAAACAAUGUUUUUUUUAAUCUGUUAAAGAGGUUCAGGGUCUCCUGGGUUAAAUAGAUGUGCAAUGGUUUUCUGACAUUAUCAGAGGCAGAAGUGUGAAUAUACUACAUUUACUCAUAUAUACUGUAUUUACUCAUAUUGUAUUUACUACAUAUUUACUCACUUGUGAUGACAUUAGUCAAAACUUUAAACAUAAUCCUUAAAAAAUUCUGUAUUUACUAACAUUUUUUACUGUAAGAAACAUGUAGAAACUCUUUGAUAUUUACUUCCCAUCAAAGAAGCAACAACACAUGCAAACCUCUUUUUUUUUUUAAUACAUGAAUCUCUACAACUCCAAAGCACAUUUCUGCAACAAUAUGUAAUGCAUGCAUACCGAGGGGCUUUCAGUGCGUCAUGUUUUGUUUCCUGUUGAUGUUUUUAUGUGGGGAAAGAAUAUGGGAAGACAGAAAUAAAACACUCAAGACGAAAGCUAACAGUGUUGUUGAGGUUUGUAUUUACAGUAAGUCAAUAUUCACCAUAACAUUUUUAGAUAAUUCAGGAUGCCUUCGAUGUAGGUUAUGUUCUGAUGGAGUGUAGGUUUUUUUUUUUUUUUUAACUGUUCAUGUUGACUGAUUGAAAAUCAAAUAGUUAGGUAUGACAGAGAAAAUACAAAGACAGAUCCCUUCUCUUCUCUGUGUGAAGUUCUCUAGAGAGCAAGUGGGAGAGAGAAGGAGAAAGAGUCUUUCUGCUAAAUUCAACAGGCUGGUAUGAAAGCACAGUGAUUAAACACAGAGUGAGUGAGUGAGUGAGUGAGUGAGCGAGUGAGUGAGCUGUAUUCAGACCAGCCACUUCAUGAGCGGAAGCAGAGCACGAUAAUACAACUACUGAACUGUACACUACCGAAUUGACGAUUCUGCAAUGGGGAGCAAUCGUGCAUUCAUUUGUCAUUUUUACAUUUUUUUUUACAUGAAUGCGCACAAAUCCAAAUAUAAUUCAAUCACACUUAUACAGUCAAUACUGAUUUAAAGGAUUCAAAGAAGGAAAGCAUCUCCCAAUGGCACAUUAGAAUAAUAUGCAGUAUUUGGAAGUUUUACCUUUCAACUGUUUUCACCAUCACCCUCAGCAGCGUCUGAUUACUCUGAUGACAGAGGGGGUUUGGUUUCAUGUUGGAACACAUCCCUGAGAGCUGGUCACACAGCAACAACACGUGGUUGCCCUCCUGUGGUCAAGGAGGACUUCACAGUCACAUCGAAAUUAAUUAAUCAAAUCAAAAACAGCAAUUACAAAGUGACGACUAUUAGAUACUGUGUCUUUAUCGGUCAAUUCAAGAACUUUUCAGUGGAAUCUAAUAACACAUUUACAGGUUUCCGCAAGUGGUAUUCUUACAAAAAAAAAAAAAAAAAA